GCAAAAAGGGCGCCGACCAGCCCGGCCCGGGCCCGGCCCCAGGCCGCCAUUCCCCACCUACUCUUCCUUCCCUCCUCCUCCGCCCCCUCCCCCGCACUUUUCCCCUUUUUCCUCCUCCCCACCCCCCUCCCGCGCGCGCGCCUGGCCGCAAAGCACAUCCACCCACCCCGGCGGGAUCCAUCUGAGGAAAAGCGAGAUGUCGUUGACAAUGUCGCCCUUCGGCGGCGCGAGGCGCCUGCUGUCCCUGAGCGUGCUCCUUGUCCUGGGCAUGCUGGCCCUGCUGGCCCUGCAGGCCGACGUCGCCCAGGCCAAGGGAGCAGAUUACUAUGCGCUGCUUGGCGUGAGCCGUGGUUCCUCGGCCGCCGACAUCAAGAAGGCCUUCCGCGCCAAGUCCCGCGAGUACCACCCGGAUAAGAACCCCGGCGAUCGCGCCGCCGCCGAGCUAUACAUGCAAAUUAAUGCCGCCUACGAGAUCCUCAACGACCCCGAAAAGAAGGCCGUCUACGACCAGUACGGCGAGGAGGGCCUCACCAAGAUGCAGCAGCAGCAGCAGCAGGGCGGCGGUGGCGAUGGCAUGUGGGAUCCGUUCGGCUUCUUCGGCGGCAUGUUCGGUCACAACCAGGGCCAUGGGCACGCCCAUGGGGCCCGCGGUGGCAUCCCCAAGGGCCCGGACUCCUACAUUGAGGUGCCAGUCAGCCUGGCGGACAUCUUCUCCGGCCGGGAGAUCCCGCUGUUGCUGAACCAGCAGCACGCCUGCCCCAAGUGCUCCGGCACCGGGGCCAAGUCCCCGGAGCAUGUGGGCGAAUGCAAGGUCUGCAAGGGCCAGGGCUCCACCGUUGGCCAGGAGCAAGUGGCCCCGGGGAUGUUCAUCCAGCGCCGGCAAACGUGUCGUUCAUGCGCCGGCCGCGGCCGCGUCAUCACCCAAACCUGUGCCGCGUGCGGCGGCAAGCGCGUUGAGCGCGGCGAGCGUCGCAUCGUUCUGACUGUCGAGCCCGGCGUGCCGGACGGGCACAUGGUGACCUUCGACUCGCAGGCCGACUUCCACCCCGAUCACAUGCCCGGUAGCCUGCUCAUCAAGCUAUCCACCGAGCCGCAUCCCCUCUUCGAGCGGCCCAUCAAGAAGGCCCCCCACCUGCUGAUGAAUGUGGAGCUGACCCUGCGCGAGGCGCUCCUCGGCUUCGACAAGGAGUUCACCCACCUGGAUGGCAGUAAGUUCAAGGUCUCCCGGCAGCCGGCCGGCCCCGGGGCCACCGUCGCCCCGGUCCAGCACAAUGAGCGCAUGCGCCUGCCGGGGCUCGGUCUGCCGGUGCACGAGGGUGGUGCUUCGGAGCGCGGCUUCCUGGAGGUGGUCUUCACCGUGGCCCUGCCGAAGAAGCCGGUCGCCAGCAAGGAGGCCGCCGAGCAGCUGGCCAAGGCCUUCGAUGCCGCUGGCUUCUAGGCCACCUGCUCGCCUGCCAUCUUUCUCCCUUUCCCGGCCCGUCCCCCCUGCAGGGGAUGUCACACAGGCUGGGGCCCCUGCCGCCCCAGCUGUGUCCCAGCCAGCAGCAUAGAUCCCCCUCCCCCAUUUCACAAUAACACUCUCCCCUCUCUCCA